AUGAGAAUUGAUGAGAGUGAGAACAAAUGGAAGUGUACGCGGGAUGAAAACGGGACAAAUAUACAGGAAGUUGAUAAAAAUAGACAUAUUGCAUCAAAAGUUUCUGAGAUGGAACAGAGAUAUUUGUUUAAUGAGCAGUAUGAAGAGAUGAAUGAGCAAAAAAUGAGAGGGUUGGAUAUAUAUACAAUUCAAGAUGAGGAUAAGAAAAUUUUGAAUGAAAGUAAGGAUAAUGGGAUAAUGUUAAGUCGGAAAAAGUAUUCAGGGGAAUCUGAUAUCUCAAAACCGGGUACGAAGCUAAAAUUUAAAUUAAAAAUGAAUGAGCUAAGAAAGCAAGAUUCAAAACUAAAUAUAGAAGGGUUUAUGGAUGGUAUGGAAUAUAAUUUGCCGUUUAUUUCAACAUUGAAGGAAAAACGGCAAUCAAGAACUAAGUUAGAAGUAUAUAGUACAGUACUGGAUGUUGUACAUUUAAUUGAGAAAAGACAAAAAAUUUUAGUUAUUACAGGCGCUGGUAUAAGUACGUCUCUUGGUAUACCAGAUUUUCGAAGUAAUACAGGAAUUUAUUCUAAAUUAGAACAAUAUGGAUUAAAUGACCCACAGGAAUUGUUUGAUAUUGAUGUUUUUAAGGAAGAUCCUAAUAUUUUUUAUUCUUUUAUGAUGAAAUUUUUUCCUUUAGAAGAACUUAAGAAUACUUAUUCACCUACUCACGCUUUUAUAAAGCUUUUGCAGGAUAAAGGGAAACUUUUAACUCAAUAUACACAAAAUGUUGAUAAUAUUGAAGAAAUAGUUGGUAUUCAUAAUGAGAAAUUGGUUCGAUGUCACGGUUCAUUUAAAGAUGCAAUUUGUAUUUUGUGUGAACAUGUUUUUCCUGGUGAAAUAAUUUUUAGUGCUCUAAAGCUAAAGACAUUGCCUUAUUGUCCUAAAUGUUUAAAAAAAAAGAAAAAUAAAAAGAUAAAAACAAAACAAAAAUUUAAUAAUGAAGAUGAUUCUAUGACAGAUAUUGGAGUUUUAAAGCCAACAAUUACAUUUUUUGGUGAAAAAUUACCAAAAUCUUUUCAUGAAAAAAUUGAAAAGGAUAUACAUUCUUGUGACCUAGUUAUCUGUAUUGGUACUUCUUUAAAAGUAGCACCAGUUUCAAAAAUUAUAGAUGCUAUUCCUUCAAAUAUACCUCAAAUAUAUAUUUCUCGAGAACCAGUUAAACACAUCUCAUUUGACAUUACUUUAUUAUCAGAAUAUUGCGAUGAUAUUAUCGCAAGUUUAUGUUAUCAUUUAUCCUGGAACGAAUUUUAUGAGAUUGCAAAACGCGGUCAUCAAGAUGCCUUUAAUAGAAUGAAAGACUAUCCUAAAUUAAUAUGGAAAGAAGAAUCAAAAUCAAUAUGGAGAUUAACAAAAGACAUACAAUAA